AUGGCCGCUGUUCCCACACAAUCCAUCCCACCCUCCAAUCUCGCCGUUCUUCAGCUGGACAAUGGAGAGCUGGCGUUCGACAAGACCACGGUCAUGCCACCACCAGCUGUGCGCUUUUCGACGGACAUCAGCGCUCUGUUCAGAGAGUGGCACCAUUCGACGUACCUGGUGGUGAAUGGGCGUGGAAUCCCCGUCAAGUUUUGGGGGGAUGUGUACAAAAAGUGCACCGGACAGAACAGCAAGGCAUGGGCACUGCGGAAAGUGCAGUGGGGGCAGUGGAAGGAGCGUUCGCGUUUCGCAUCGGACGAUGCAUUCUGGAUCGCCUGGACGGACACCAAUGGCCAGCGUGUCGGAUACACGAAGCUCUGCGACACUCUGCAGCGUCAGCGUGUGGCUCGUGACACGCGAGACGCUGCCGCUGCAUGCUCGUUCUUCGAUGGCAACCUCGACCACCCUGAUGCGCAAGGAGUAUUCAGGUAUGCGAAGUCUGGUGUUUCGAAGCUGAUGAGCAAGGAUGUCGAUGUCGCCCGCAAGUGGAGGGAGUUGCUUGCCGUCAACGUUGCACUCGCCCAGCGCUGGGAGGGUUCACGAGAUCCGAGUUUGCCACAGCUGCAGCCAUCAUCACUGCCAGCAUGUACUGCACUACUACAUGCUCUGCCUGUUCAUUGUCUCCACCCCACACCAGCCUCUCUCCUUGCAGCAUUUUCCAUCCCUUCUCCUUUCCUUUCUCUAUUGACGGCUCCAUGCCGUCUUGCUAAACUACCAGUAGAGUACCUUGCAAGUAUGUUGCACCUUUUAAUUGCACUUUCAUUGCUUAACUGCCUAACUGCUUGACUGCUCGAGCUGCUUCUUGCCCUACUGCCU